AGAGACCAAUUUCCACUGAGAAGAGCAUCUCGAUAGAAGGAUUUGUCAUUUUCAUUCAUGGCAUCUCCUCAGGUCCGUGGUACUGGAAUGCUAUCAAAAGAACAGCUUCUCCAUCUUUUCGAUCGCUUCUGUUUCCUUACUUCCCAACCUGAGGUGAAGAAAAGGAUAGCAGACGCUGUACAGGAUAAACAGGAAGCCGUUGCUGUGACCACUGCAAUACAGGAAGAGAUAUUUUUGGAGAUGGGAGUUGAUCCGCAUUUUGGUAUUUCAUGCCUGGGUAAAGUGAGCACUCUAUAUGACAAUGACCUGGAUUUGGUGAUUCAAUUUUAUAAGUUCAUUGCAAAAGAAGAGAUAGCCUGUGAUGAAGCAGAGCUCAGGCCAGAUGAAUUUUCAGAAAGAAUGCUCAGCCAGCAGAAGUUACAGGAAAAGCAACUGGAGAUGCUGAAGUACAUGCGCAAGUUUCCCUUGGAUGAUCAGUCAGCCAUUCUUGAGAAGAUACACCAGCAGAUGGAAAAUGCCAAUUAUGAAAGUGAGUCAUCCAUUUUGUCGACUGAGCAGAUCCAAGAGAUGAAUGUUCAGAGGAAGUCAUCUCUAUUUACGCCAAGAUAGAUGUAAAACCAUGCCUUGUUAUUGUUCCUUCCUCGAAUUCUUUUGGGAGAUUUAUGUAAGGUGCGGCUAACAAAUGACAAAUGUCGAGUUCACACCCUUAACCAAAUUACUUCACUGUUACCUUGUAUCUCCUUUAGAUUGUUCAUGUUUCUUUAUUCGAUUUCCUUGAAUUCACCAAGCAUGAACUAUGCGUAUAAAUUAACAGUUUGCUUCACCUUAAGAAGCAAUUACCA